UAAAAAAAAAGCCAAAAAUCAGAACAAGAAGAUGGGAGUUGGAGGAACAUUAGAGUAUAUAUCUGAGCUAAUAGGAAGUGGAGGAAGUCAUAGCUAUGGCAAGAGGAAGAAGAAGAAGCAGUUUCAGACAGUAGAGCUCAAAGUUAGAAUGGAUUGUGAUGGUUGUGUCCUCAAGGUCAAAAACUCUCUAUCUUCUCUAAAAGGAGUUAAAUCGGUGGAGAUAAACAAGAAGCAGCAAAAGGUGACGGUGAGUGGUUACGCGGAAGCGAGCAAGGUGCUGAAGAAGGCGAAAUCGACGGGGAAGAAGGCUGAGAUAUGGCCUUACGUACCGUACAACUUGGUGGCUCAGCCGUACAUAGCUCAGGCUUACGACAAGAAGGCGCCACCUGGUUACGUUAGAAAAAUGGACCCAUACGUCACCACCGGGACGAUGGCCGUCUACAACGAUGACCCUUCUUACACUUCUAUGUUUAGUGAUGAUAAUCCCAAUGCUUGCUCUAUUAUGUAAUUAUAAAACCACUAAUAAAAAGGGGUUUAUAUUUAUAUGUAUAAACAUGGAUUAUAUAGAUUUUGGUGUUUUUUUUUGGUUCAGGAUUUUGUCUUCUUUUGCAUGUGCUUUCUGUUUGUGUUACAAGAAUGUUAAUUAAUUUUAGUAAAUGCAUAUAAC